GCGUAAGGUCUACAACAAGCUAGGAAACCCCCUUAAAAACAUUGCCAAAGAUUCUCGAAUCCUGGAAGGAUCAGCUGCAGAUAUUGAGUAUGGAGAAAACGAAACUGGUGUAUCAACUUGAUACACCGUAUUCCAGUUCACCAUGGCCAGAAAUCUCACAACAAGACCAAGAUGCAAUUCUGGAUCUCCUAUGCAGCCUCCUAUCUCCCAUUUGCCAGUAUCGAGAUGCACACAUUCAUCCUUCCAAAGGCAAAAAAGCCAAAGCCCAGAAGAGGAAGCACGAUCAAUCAGGAGAACACCAUACGCAGCCUCCUGUGCCACCACCGCCAGCUGUGGUGGACUCCCUGGACGUGGGUUUGACCAAUAUCACCAGACAUCUCGCGGCUUGCUCUUCCAAAGCAGAGGAUGGUCAAGGCAGGGACGGUGUUAAAGACCCGGCCCCCACAUAUUCUGUAGUCUUUGUGGUCAGGUCAGCUACUCCGUCAACGUUUUCCAGCCAUCUCCCCCAGAUGGUUGCCGCAGCAUCUGGCCAGAUGGACGAGCCCAUAUGUCUAGUUGGAUUCUCCAAGUCAUGUGAGGAGAGAUUGAGCACAUGUCUUGGCAUUCCCAGGGUUUCCAGUGUUGCUUUACGAGCAGGAGAAAGUGGCCAGUUAAAAGCCCUGGUUGAGUUUGUGCGGAAGCGGGUGGCUCCAGUUGAGGCUCGGUGGAUGGAGGAUGCGAGCAAAGGGCAAUUCCGCAAGACCAAGAUCAACUCCAUCCAGGCACCCGUAGGGGCAAAAAGACAGAAGAAGGGAUGAGUGAUGAUGGCCAGGAACACAAUCAAAAACUUCAUGGGGACAACUGAGAUGGAUUUGGCACCACACCACGUGCUGGUGUCCAGGUCAGUAUUCGAAGUCCUCGUGCGAACAAGUACCCCAUACCUGCUGGCAUUGACUGGGGCUUUACUCUCUGGACCAUCCAAUUCAUCUUGCUAGACUAGGAGUUGGCAAAGCGUAUGCGGUAGAGAGACCUUACCUAUGUACCUACCUAGGUACCCUUUCUAUUGCCCAUUGGAAGGCAAGGACUGUACUGUUCAGUUCAAGUUCUUACUCUUCUAAGCAAAGAGUAAAAUACGAGCAGUCGUGGGGACUGUGCCCCUGUGGUACAG